UCCUCUAGGUUCUAACCUCUGUUCUCUCUCUCAUCGUUUCAACGGGCGAGGAUUUUUCGAAACUAAAAAGCUCUCCUCUUUCAUGUUUCAGAGAAGAAGGGUUCUGAAAUUCUAUUGGGUUUAAUAGAUGAGCUCGAUUUCGAUUCCCGCCACUUCUUCGCAAGCAGAGGAGGAGAUGGCUGGGGCAAAAUUAGAGGAGUGUUGCCUUGAGAAUAAGCAAUCCAUGGCUACAUCGAGCUCGUCUGUAUCUGAAGGCAGUGGCAGUGCUAUUAUCAAGUCCACAGGGGCUUGCAGCCCAGCAUCUGCUUCUCCAACUCAACGGAGAACUAGUGGUCCUAUUAGGAGAGCCAAAGGCGGUUGGACUCCGAAAGAGGACGAGACAUUAAGGAAUGCCGUUGCUGCUUUCAAUGGGAAGAGUUGGAAGAAAAUAGCUGAAUUUUUUCCUGAUAGAUCCGAAGUGCAGUGUCUGCAUAGAUGGCAGAAGGUUCUUAAUCCAGAACUUGUUAAAGGCCCGUGGAUUCAAGAGGAGGAUGAUAAAAUAAUUGAACUGGUAGCAAAGUAUGGACCUACAAAAUGGUCAUUGAUAGCAAAGUCUUUGCCUGGUCGGAUAGGGAAACAAUGCCGAGAGAGGUGGCACAAUCAUUUGAAUCCUGAUAUAAAGAAGGAGGCUUGGACGUUGGAAGAGGAAUUAGCUCUUAUGAAGGCCCACCAGAUGCAUGGGAACAAGUGGGCCGAAAUCGCGAAGGUUUUACCUGGAAGGACUGAUAAUGCAAUAAAGAAUCAUUGGAAUAGUUCCUUGAAGAAAAAACUUGACUCAUAUUUGACUACUGGGACACUUCCACCACCUCCAAAGUGUGGUGCCAAAGAGCCAAAAUCCAAUGCAACUAAAAAAAUACUUGUUCGUUCAACUAAAGGAUCAGAUUCAACUGCUCAGACAUCAUCUGGAAAUGCAGACAUGUCUAAGCUAGAUGAAGAUGGAAAGGAUCAGUUCGAGUCCGCCGCCCCACCUCAGGAUAUGGGUGCUUCAUUAAGUGUUCACCCAAAUGAAUUUGCAGAUUCUGAAGGUGGUAACCUGAGAUUAUCCUUUAUGGAUCUUAGUUGCUCUAACUCAGACUCAGGGCCAAAAUUUGAUAAUUUUGGAGUAAAAAGAAAGCCUCAGAUUGAGAGUUCUGUCAGUAAUGGCCGGGCAGAGUCUGAGAAUUGUGGAUUUAACAACCAAAUGGACGAAGACAGAGUUAAGACAACAUCUUUUCCGUUUGAAACUCCAAGCUAUGGUUCCUUAUACUAUGAACCACCACCUCUAGAAAGCUCCGUCCAAUUCAAUUCAGGUUUUUCAAGCAUGCAUUGCUUGCAGAAUGAUUACACCUCUAGUCCAAAUUUAUCACCUAUAAGUUUCUUCACUCCUCCUUGUGUGAAGGGCAGUGGUUUAUGUAAUCAAAGUCCUGAAUCAAUUUUGAAAAUAGCUGCUAAGACCUUCCCCAAUACUCCUUCCAUUUUGCGAAAGAGAAAGACCAUUGGCCAAGGACAAUCGGCUCAUAAUAAAGUUGCAAUAGUGGAUUGUGAAUCAGUCAGGGAAAUGCUUAAUGUUUCUAGUGAACACAAAAACAGUGCGGAAGUUUCUGGAUCUCAAGAUGGAAGUUUAUGUGAGAGUCCAACUAGUAAUGGUAUCAGUACCAUUGGGCCUAAUGGUAAGGCAUUUAAUGCAUCUCCACCAUACCGGUUAAGAGCCAGGAGGACUGCCGUUUUCAAGUCUGUGGAGAAACAGCUUGAGUUUACAUGUGAUGAAGAGUAUGAUGCUAAUUCUAUGUCCGUGGAGUUAUCUGCAAAUGGCAGCUAACAAAGAUGGCUGUCACCUGGGGCAUGCAUUGUAAGGGACAAAAGAGAGGGCGAUUCUUUUUGACGUUGGCUGACACUGUUGAACUGGUGAUAUUUCCAAGUCUACAGAGCUUUAGAACAGAGUGAUACUUCGAUUUACCCGACCAUUCUCUGGUCUCACAUCUUCAAUGCCUUACAAGUCAUUAACUCGCAAAUACACCACUUGUUAUUAGUUACAUGAGAGCGGUUUUUCGGCACGCCAACUUGACAAAAUACAGUGGCAGGGGCUUCUGUAUGUGUAGAAUAAAAAUGAUAGGCCCCAAAUACUUGUGAAAAUAUAUUGGUUGUAUCAGGAUUUGUACAGAAAACCCCUCAUCAAGGAGCCAUGAUGCUUCAUCCUUGAAGUUGAAGGAUUUCUCAAUGAAAGCUUAGCUCCUGUCAUUCUUUAUCAAUGUUUAUAGUUACAACUUAACUUCAUUUCCCAUGGAGACACGUGUACGCGUAGAAAUCUUUUUUAUUAAGUGGUCCUGGAAAUCUUAGGGUUACUCUUUAUUGCUCCAA